AUACAAACUGACCACAACUGGGCGGUUGGUCGACGGACGGUUCAACACAAGACAGCUGCCGGAAUGGAUCUAUUUAUACUUUUUGCAACGGCAGCGCUAUUUACUUUCACUGGAAACGCACAUGCCGGCAACUUGGUCAAGCGCAGUCUGAAAAACACAGUUCUUUGCUUAGAGGAUGGACGAUUUUACAGGAAUCCAGAACGACCCGUACAGAAGAUGUGGACCAACGCGGAGUGCGCCAAGUACUACCUCUGUCUCGAUGGGGAAGUGUUCGAGUUCAAAUGUUCCGUCGGGCUGAUGUUCGAUGUGACCCGGCAGAUUUGCGACUUCAAGCAGAACGUGGACAACUGCGAAGUUACGGCGGAGGCCCGCGUUCCGAAACCGCUGCUAGACGCCGCCCAGUGCGAGGAACGAUCGCAGCUGGGCUGCGGCGAUGGCACUUGUCUUCCGAACGAAUACUUCUGCGACGGUUCCAUCGAUUGCCCGGAUGGAUCGGACGAGGGUUGGUGCGAUGUCGAAAACGAUCCGAACGCAGCCGAUCCUUGUGACCUGUCGGUUUGCGAACUUCCGGAUUGCUUCUGCUCCAAAGAUGGAACGAUCAUCCCAUCCCGUCUGGAACGAACCCAGACGCCUCAGAUGAUCGUGCUAACGUUCGACGAUGCAAUUAACUUUGAAAAUUGGGAACUCUACACGCAGAAGAUCUUCACGCCAAACCGGAAGAAUCCCAACGGAUGUCCAUUGCGGGCGACGUUCUUCAUCUCGCAUCAGUACACCAACUACCAGCAGGUGCAAAAAAUGUGGAACGAUGGUCACGAAAUCGCAAUCCACUCGAUCACCCACCGCGGUCCGGAGGAGUGGUGGUCCCGGAAUGCAACCAUCGAAGAUUGGUUCGAUGAAAUGGUCGGACAAGCCAACAUCAUCAACCGGUUCUCGAACGUGCGGAUGGAGGAGCUCCGGGGGAUGCGAGUUCCGUUUCUACGGGUCGGUUGGAAUCGCCAGUUCCUGAUGAUGAAGGAGUUUGGAUUCGUGUACGAUUCGUCGAUGGUGGCACCCCACUCCAACCCGCCGCUGUGGCCGUACACGUUGGAUUACAAGAUGCCACAUGCCUGCAACGGGAAUAACCAGUACUGUCCCUCCCGGAGCUAUCCCGGCAUCUGGGAGAUGGUGAUGAAUCAGCUGGAAGCCGGGGAGUUCACCUGCGGGAUGGUCGAUACCUGUCCGGCCAAUAUGAGCGGAGAAGACAUGUACAAGAUGUUUGUGCACAACUUCAAGCGGCAUUAUCACACGAACCGGGCGCCGUACGGGUUGUACUUCCACUCGACCUGGUUCCGGAAGCAGGAAUAUCUGGAAGCGUUUUUGAGAUUCCUCGACGACAUGCAGAAGCAUCCGGAUGUGUACUUCGUGACCAACUACCAAGCCAUCGAAUGGAUCCGCAAUCCAACCCCGCUAAAUCAACUAGGUCACUUCGACCCGUGGUACUGCCAACCGAAGCAGCUAGACCCGACCGAGCUGGCAUGCAACCUCCCACGUACCUGUAAGCUGCACAGUCGAGUCCUGCAGCAGGACCGAUAUCUGUUCACCUGCAACGAAUGCCCGUCCCAGUAUCCAUGGAUAAGGAACGAGUUCGGAUUGGACUAGGCCCAGCAGCAACAGCAGCAGCAGUAUUAAUUUU